UUCCGAGUUGUAAAUUCGGGAGUUCGCAUGAAAGGGAUGCGAAGUUUUUGCUCAGAGUGAUGCCCGUGAUGCCAGCAAUGCCAGCGCCUCUGCCAAGAUCUACUAUGUUUGACACAGGCACGAUGUGAUCCUGUCGAUGCGUCUAUAAAUCAAAGUCUGCGCCAUCAUCGAUGUCUCAAAAGAAAGCCUAGGUAGGUAGCCAUCAGCUCUUCCAAAAGACACACCUAGCCGGUUGUUCUCUCAUCUGUUGCCUCCCGCAUCAACGCUGCUUGUUACCGAUCAUGCUUCCAAGACUCUCGUUCUUCCUGGCUCUCGCCGCUGGCGACCUUGGCGUACAUGCGCUAGCCGCACCACCGAUCGCGGCCCGUGGCUCAACGCCAAAGUAUCCCUAUGAUCCCAAUACCACAAAAUAUUGUAGUUAUUGGAUCGACAACGCCGGCGCUGCCACUAAGUGUACUGAUAUUCCCAAGAACUGGGGCAUCACGUUGGCGGAUUUUCUUCGCUGGAAUCCUAGCCUUGCCCCUGACUGCACCAAUUUUGAGGUUCAGAAGUCAUACUGCGUCGAGACCACUGACGAACCGGCCCCGACAACUUCGUCGGACUCGUCAACGCCUACCCAGCCCAGCAAUGGUAUCACUACUCCACAGCCCAUCCAACCGGGCAUGGUAGAUAACUGUGAUGCCUUUUACUUCGUGCCCAAGGAUGUCGGCUGUCAAGUUAUCGCUACAAGCCACGGCAUCACUCUUGAGCAGUUCCUCACUUGGAACCCCUUAAUUGGAGACACGUGCGGCGGGCUUUGGGCCAACGCUUACGUCUGUGUUUCCAUUAUCGGCCACGAGCCGUCGCCUGUGACCACAGCAACGCCCACCCCUACUUCCACCAACCCCGGCAACGGCAUCACAACCCCCCAGCCCACCCAGCCCGACAUCGUCGACAAUUGCGACAAGUUCUACUUCGUCCAAAAGGAUGAGAGCUGCGAUGUAGUAGCCGCAAAGAAUGGAAUCACCACCGCCCAGUUCCAGGCAUGGAACAAGGCCGUGGGAUCGACGUGCUCUGGGCUCUGGGCGAACGCAUAUGCAUGCGUGUCCAUCAUAGGUCACGAACCGGCGACUACUACAACCAAGAAGCCGACAACCACUGCAGGCAACGGUAUCACGACCCCAACGCCGACGCAGAGCGGAAUGGUGGGCAACUGCCGCAAGUUCCACUUUGUCCAGCGUGACCAGACGUGCGCAACAAUCGCCAAGCAGUAUGGAAUCAGCGAGGCCGACUUCAUCAAGUGGAACCCGGCGGUUGGCGGGACAUCUUGUGGCGGUCUCUGGGCUAACACGUAUGCUUGUGUUGGUCUCUAGUUAACCAGGUCGGAGAAUUCUGGUUAGCGUAUUAUUGUAAUAGGAGAUAAUCCGGUAGCGGAAAUGCGAAUCUUGUACGCGCCUGUAUCGAUUGAACUUAUGAUAAUCAUUAGCUAUUGUCAUGGAUGUCUGUAAUGUAAUACGAGUGUAUGUUAUUCAACUCAAUCUCAAUAUCAUCUAAUAAGCCUUUGUUAAGUUGCCACAACAUUACUUCCUGCUUGCUAGAAUACUUGUAUCGCUACGGGAUUUGGCCAAGAUCGCAGGAGGCUCUGUUGUCUGGCAAUCCAAGAGAUCGUCAACUGUAACACUCUCCAAACUGAGGGCUGAAUACAUCGCCCUCAGAGGCUAUAACGGAAGUUCGGUGGCUCAGAGGUUUGGACCUCGAGUCACAGGUGCCCCUGGCACGCCCUAUUAUUGUCAUACUCAAAAUACUAGGGCUUCAGGAGAGCCCUAGCAAUCACCCUCAAGUUUCUUCCCAUUGCGUGAAGAAGAUU